AUGGGCCUGGGCCCCCUUGUCAUGGGCCGUAGGCUACUCAGGGGCGACGGGACCCGAGUCACGGAGCCCGCCGCGAAGCAUCAGAGGUCCGCCGAGGACGUGGGCCAGGGUAGUUCCCGGGCAUCCGGUCUUCGCGGGACCUCCGGAGCUGUCGUGCCGCCGCUAUCGCCGCCAAAAGAUACCUCCCGCCGGCAGCAGCAGCAACAGGAGCAGUCACGAGUUGCACCUGCGUCGCAGCCACAGGAGCAGCAGCAGCGGCGGGAGGCUCCUCACCCAAGCAUCCAUUCCACCAUCGCCGGCUCGUCGGCUGAUGCCCAGGCAACCGCGGCCUCGGCGGCGACAGCGGCGGCGAUGGAGGGUGCGGGAUCCUCGGGUGCAGCAACUUCUGCCAGCCCGGUGGUGCCCGAUGCGGUGGUGACAGGCGCGCCGUCACCAGGCUCUGCUGAAGCCUCCCGUGCUGCAGAAGCCCGGUCAAAGCUCAAAGCCGACCAAGAGGCCUAUCGAGCCAACCUUCUGAAGGUGUUCAACCGGGAGCUUGCAGUAUCGAGCCGGGAGAAGGCUCUGGCCCAGCGGGAGGAGACUUUUGCGCUGGAGGUGGUUAGCUUUGCAGCUCAGCGGUCCGAUCUCGAGAGUCGGCUUGCUACCCAGCAGUCCGAGCUUGAGACCCGCAGCCAGGGUCUCGAGAUCCGCAAGCAGGAGCUGGAUGAGCUCUCUGGGACCAUGGCUGGAUGGCAGAAACAGCUGGAGGAGAGGGCCAGCAAGCUGGCCGUUGCCGAGGCGGAGCUGGAGGAGGACUGGAAGUCCCUCUCUAAGCGGGAGUCCCACGCCACCGGCAUAGAGAAGGAACUCGGGCGCCAGCGGGACUUCCUCAAGAAGCUGAAGGAGUGCUUAGUUGCAGGCCCGCAGGACUCAUCCUGGACCGGUCCCAGGCUGGUGCCAGGUCCGGGGCUCUAG